UUAGACAGCAACACAUAUGCACACCCGUGUGCCUACACAUACAUGCACACACACACAGCUCUCAGACCCCAGUCCCUGUGUGGAUACAGUAACACAUUCCUCUUGGAGUCUCCUCUUCCUUCACGUGACCAACGGACCAUGGAGUUAUAAGAGAGUGGGCUUUAUUGGCAUGGGAAUCAUGUGUUAACAUUGCCAAAGCAAGUGAGGUAGAUAAUAUAUAAAGUGAAUAUAUAAAGUGAAAUAGAUGGGGGAGUUGUAACUGUUACAGCUAUAGUAACAGUAUGGUCCUAGACAGUAUCAACACAGCCACCAACCCUCUCAAGAUGAGUCUAAUGGACGUCUCCAAGAUCUUCUCUCUGCUUCAGCCCAAGGAAGAGGAUGAGGAGGACAAUGAGCAUGGCCAGGCUCUGAACCAGGCAGUGAGCAGUGAUGACGUGGUGGUGUUAGCUGAGCUGUUGUCCCAGGAGAGCUACAGAAAGUCUAUCAACAGCAGAAGCGGCUGGGGGAUCCCUGUUACCCCCCUACGGACUGCCGCAGCACACGGACACCUGAGGUGUCUGGAACUCCUGCUGGAGCACGGAGCGGAGGUGGACAGUCUAGAUGUGAAGGCCCAGACCCCUCUGUUUACAGCGGUCAGUGGUAAACACCUGGACUGUGUUGUGGUCUUACUGAAGGCUGGAGCCGACCCCAACGGCAGCCCGUACAACAACUGUUCCCCGGUGCUGACCGCCGCCCGCGAGGGAGACGUGGAGGUCCUCAGGGAGCUGCUUCAGUUUGGAGCCGAGGUCGACGUCUGGCCCAAAGUCCCCGAGUGGGCCUCCAACGCCACAGCCUGCAGGGGACCCCUGUACAUAUCCGCUGUAUAUGGACACCUGGACUGUUUCAAGCUGCUGCUGCUCCACGGGGCUAAUCCUGACUACAACUGUAAGUCAGAGAAGAUGCUGGCCAGGAUCAAGCAGCCCAAGACGGUGCUGGAGAUGUGUCUGAGGUAUGGCUGUGGAGUGGAAUACAUACAGCUGCUCAUAGACUUUGGGGCAGACGUGUAUCUGCCCACGCUGAUUAUUGACAAGACCACCAAGCAGAACGAGGCGGUGGCUCUGCUGCUCAAGGAGAGAGUUUGUCCCAAUACUCUGAUGUCACUGACACGGCUUGCGAUUCGGAGACACCUCCCCGUGGUUAAUAAAAUGACGUCCAUAGACCGCUUGGACAUUCCGCAGAUACUGAGGAACUACCUGAAACAUCUCACAUGACCUCUAUCUCCUGACCUCUGAACUCUGCAUGAAGAUGAUGUCACAAAUGGAUACGCUAUAUGGCUGUGUCUCAAUAGUCUACAGGGGAUUCCUCUGCUUCCUCCACUGUUCUGAAAACACAUGUUAGGUGAAACAAUAUGGAGGGUGAUUUCUGCAAAACUUUCAAAAAAAAGUGCAACAAUUUCAUACCAUCCUCUUCUGUCUCUACUGAGUGCAUCAUGGGCUGCAAAGUCCAGUUUGUUCUGUUUCUAUUGUAGGUGUGAAUAAUAAUUAUGCCAAGUUUGCCUUUGAAUAGCUGUAGAGGUUGAAUUAGAAUAAACAUGUUUAUUUAACUUAUUCUCUGUGAUUGAAUUCAGCAAAUGUUUGGUAAAUGUAAUCAUUGGAAAUUGGUUGAAGAAUGCUGAAACCAUGGUGAAGACAA